AUGGCGGUGCCCGGCGAAGUGUGGGCAGAGCUGCCGGCCGAGAAGCGCAUCUUCUGCUCCGUGCUACUCUUCUCCUGGGCUGUUUACCUUUGGGAGGCCUUCCUGGCGCACCGGCAGAGACGGGUGUACAGGACAACAACAUGUGUGCCACAGGAGUUAGGACAGAUCAUGGAUCCAGAAACCUUUGAAAAGUCUCGCCUGUACCAGCUGGACAAAAGCACUUUCAGCUUUUGGUCAGGCCUGUACUCGGAGGUGGAGGGCACUAUGAUUCUCCUCUGUGGAGGAAUUCCUCUUCUCUGGAAUCUGUCUGGGCAGGUCUCUGUCCGUGCUGGGUUUGGACCAGAAUAUGAGAUUGUUCAGUCUUUGGUUUUUCUGCUGCUUGCAACACUCUUCAGUGCAGUGACUGGUCUCCCGUGGAGUUUGUACAACACGUUUGUCGUAGAAGAGAAACAUGGCUUCAAUCAGCAGACGCUGGGAUUCUUUUUUAAGGAUGCCCUCAAGAAAUUUGUGGUGACUCAGUGCAUCCUGCUGCCAGUGACAGCCCUGCUGCUUUACAUCAUCAAAAUAGGGGGAGACUACUUCUUCAUCUAUGCCUGGCUCUUCACAUUAGUUGUUUCCUUGGUGCUUGUCACAAUCUAUGCAGAUUACAUUGCACCAUUGUUUGACAAAUUCAUUCCACUUCCCGAGGGAGAGCUCAAGCAACAAAUUGAAACGAUGGCAAAGAGCAUUGACUUCCCCUUGACUAAGGUCUACGUUGUUGAAGGUUCUAAGCGUUCUUCUCACAGCAAUGCCUAUUUCUAUGGAUUCUUCAAGAAUAAGCGGAUUGUGCUCUUUGACACCCUCCUGGAGGACUACUCUGCACUGAACAAAGAGCCAGCAGAAGGAGAAGAUGGUGAGAAUGAAGAGACAAAGUCUAAAACCAAAAAUAAGAAACAAGGAUGUAAAAAUCAAGAAGUUCUGGCUGUACUUGGUCAUGAAUUAGGUCACUGGAAGCUAGGCCACACUGUCAAAAAUAUUAUCAUCAGCCAGAUGAAUUCCUUCCUCUGCUUCUUCCUGUUUGCUGUUUUAAUUGGUCGAAAAGAACUCUUUGCUGCCUUUGGUUUCUAUGACACCCAGCCUACCCUGAUAGGCUUGAUGAUUAUUUUCCAGUUCAUCUUUUCACCUUACAACGAGGUCCUCUCGUUUUGUUUGACUGUAUUAAGCCGACGAUUUGAGUUUCAAGCAGAUGCAUUUGCCAAGGAACUUGGGAAGGCUCAAGACCUAUAUUCUGCUUUGAUCAAGUUAAACAAAGAUAAUUUAGGAUUCCCUGUUUCUGACUGGAUCUUUUCCAUGUGGCAUUACUCCCAUCCGCCACUUUUAGAAAGACUGCAGGCCUUGAAAGACAUGAAGCAAGAGUGACAGGAGUGCUGGCUGGGUCCAAGACCCUGCUUCCAUCUCAGAAGCAAAGUUCAGAGCUGCUUUUUAAUAUCUUUUAAAAAUAGUGCUAAUGAAAUUCAGUGUUAAUGGCACCACACCCUGAGUUGGGUAGUAAAUUAUAAAUUAAUUUUUUUAAAACAAAAAAUCUUGUGGAACUGAAUUUAGAAGUACUGGGUGAAACCCUGCCCCCCACAUACCCAGGCUUUUAUCUCCAUACUAUAGCAUAAACCUGGAAAGGGAGGAAAACAAGUUGUAUAGACUUCAGAACACCUAUUUCUUCAGUUCGUGUAUGCCUUGAACAUUGCUUUUGAUCCUUUUCCCAUUCUCAGCACUCUGAACCUUCCCAGUCUCAAGCCUCUACAUGGUGAAGACUGUUGGAGUGACUUGACUUCUAAUAUAGUGAUCCUUGUUCUUGCCAGGCACUUUCUGUGGAUUUGAAAGCUGACUGCAAGGGCUGGCCUUGCUCCUGGAUUCAUGUAUGUCACCACUGAAAAUGCUACUUAAUAAAACCUCCUUUAUCUGAAGCAUGGGAGGAAAGCUGAGGCAGUGCACCAUGGC